AUGGUUUAUUAUUAUAAUCCAAAGCACGUUAAAAAUAAGUAUCCUAAGGGGACAAAGUUAUAUGACGGCCCUUACAUGAUUUCAAGAAAAAUAAGUGAUGUAAAUUUUGAGAUUAAGAAGUGUAAUGGUUAUAAAACCAUUGUCGUACACAUAAAUAAAUUGAAGCAUACAUACCUUGGAAAUUUUUAUGUUUUUAAAACACCCGAAACAAAAUCUAAUUUUGCUUUGAUAAGGAAGGGUGUGAAAAUAGGGGAGUUGACUAGUGAGGCAGCUUCGAAUAAUCAGUGCCUAUUCUGGUAUCUAAGAGACUUAACGCGUGAUUCUAUGCUCAUUGGCAUAUGUUGUUCUGACUCUUGUUGUUUUGUGUUGGUCGUGCGAAAGCCGAUCAGACUCGACGGCCCAGUGAAAACAGGCCAGGGUUGUGCGAAAGCCGACCGACUGACUGACAGGCCCAGUGAAAACAGGCCCUUGGUCUUGCGAAAGCCGAUCAGACUCGACGGCCCAGUGAAAACAGGCCAGGGUUGUGCGAAAGCCGACCGACUGACUGACAGGCCCAGUGAAAACAGGCCCUUGGUCUUGCGAAAGCCGAUCAGACUCGACGGCCCAGUGAAAACAGGCCAGGGUUGUGCGAAAGCCGACCGACUGACAGACAGGCCCAGUGAAAACAGGCCUUGGGUUCUGUGA